AUGGCGUAUCCAGCAUUGUACGAGGAAACGGACCCGAAGCUCAGUGAUGAGCUGAAGGCCGAGUCUCAGGAUGGCAAUCCCGAGUUCAAUCUGGCUACGGGCCAUAAUCAACUGGAACGUGGACUCAAGAGUCGGCAUAUCCAGUUCCUGGCUCUCGGCGGUGCCAUUGGGACUGGCUUGUUUGUCGGAUCUGGAGGCAUCCUGUCCGAGACAGGUCCAGUUCCGCUGUUCAUGGGAUACGUCUUUAUGAUGUUCGUCGUCUGGUGUGUGAUGAACGACCUUGCAGAGAUGGUGACCUAUCUCCCUAUGAAGGGAAUCUCAAUUCCGUACUUCGUUGAGCGAUUUGUGGACCCCUCGUUGGCCUUCGCCGCAGGGUGGAACUACUGGUAUGCGUAUGCCAUGCUGGUUGCUGCCGAAGCCAGCGCGGCGUCUAUCGUACUGGAUUACUGGAAUGCUCCAGUAAACGUCGCGGUCUGGAUUGGGAUUGUCUUGGCAAUAAUAUUGUUGUUGAACGUCGUUGCCGUAUCCUUCUUCGGCGAGGCAGAAUUCUGGUUCGCCAGCAUCAAGCUCAUCACUAUCAUGGGCCUCAUCAUCCUCGGAGUCGUUCUCUUCUUCGGAGGCGGCCCGAACCGUGAUCGUCUUGGCUUCAGGUACUACAAAGAUCCCGGAGCGUUCAAGUCAUAUAUGGCUCCAGGCAGUACGGGCAAGUUCUUGGCCUUCUGGCACGCGUGUGUGAAGGCUGGCUUCGCUUUCAUUACCUCUCCCGAGCUCAUCGCCAUCGCCGCGGGAGAAACAGUGGAUCCGAGAAGGAACAUCCCCAAAGCUGCGAGACGCUUCAUCUGGCGACUAGCUAUCUUCUACGGCUUCGCGUCUCUGAUUCUCGGUGUCAUCGUACCCUCUGACGACAAGAGGCUGCUCGGAGCUGGCAAUGCGAGCGCGAGUCCGUGGGUGAUUGGAAUCCAGCGAGCUGGAAUCGGUGGCCUGAACCACGCAAUCAACGCUGCAAUCCUGACGUCCGCAUGGUCGGCCGGGAACUCGUUCCUCUACUCCGGAUCACGGGUUCUCUACUCCAUGUCCCUCAACAAGCAAGCGCCAAGAGUCUUCAGCAUCACCAACAAGCGCGGAGUUCCGUACGUCGCUGUCUUAUUUACCUGGUCCUUCGGGCUCCUCGCCUUCCUCAAUGUCUCGAAUACGGGGGCGACGGUGUUUAACUGGUUCGUCAACAUAUCCACCAUCUCAGGCUUCAUCGCCUGGAUCAUCGUCAUGAUAACCUACCUCCGAUUCCGCGCGGCUUUUGUGCACAACAAGCUCCUGCACACACUUCCCUACCGCACGCCGUUCCAGCCCUACUUCACCCACGUCGUCCUCAUCAUCAUCUUCCUCCUCACCCUCACCAACGGCUUCCAGAUCUUCUGGCCGGACAAAUUCAGCGUCGCGGACUUCCUAGCGGCCUACAUCACCCUGCCGAUCUUCUUGGUCUUGUACUUGGGCCACAAACUGUGGUUCCGCACGCCGUGGGCGAGGAAGAUUGAGGACAUCGAUGUGCUGACGGGGAAGAAGGAGAUGGAUCAGCUGGCCGAGAUGGAAGUCAUCAGGGAGCCGAAGAAUUGGCUGCAGAGUGUUUGGUUUUGGAUUGCUUGA